ACUGACUAUUGAAGGAGUGAGUCAAGUCAGCUGUAGAAUUUAGAUAAGGUCAUUGUACAAACAAAAUUGAUUGGCCAGCCCAUUGCCACCCACCUCAUUUAUUAGCCAGUACAUUUUAAUGCUUUCUCUGCUUUUAGUUUCUUUCUAUACUGAGUCAUUUUUAGUUCUUCUCUCCAGGUGUAUUUGCAAUAUGCAGAAAGUCCUGCAAUGGAUUGUGAUUAUUAUUAUUAUCAUUAUAAAUGGCAAUGCCGCGACAAACGAUAAACGAGCUGAUAGGAAACUUGUUACAGAUUCAGAUUCAGGUGUGAUAAGCAUUGAUUGUGGGGUAGAUGAAAGUUACACUGAUAACACAAACAAUUUUCCAUAUCAAGCCGAUGAUAUCGCCGUCAUCCGGUUUGGUCAAACCAGAAAUAUAUCAUCAGAUUAUGAACAUUCCAAUCCAGGGCAGAUUAAUAAGCAAUUGAAGUCAUUGAGAAGUUUUCCAGACGGGAAGAGAAAUUGUUAUAACUUAAAACCUAAACAGGGAAAGAACCACAAAUAUAGUAUAAGGGCUUAUUUUGAAUAUGGAAACUAUGACAACAAAAAUAAAGUACCAAUUUUCGAUCAGCAUCUUGGAGUCAAUCUUUGGAGGCACAUACAACUGAUUAAAGUUAACAGCAUUCUACGUUCCGAGGUUAUUCAUAUCAGCUCAACAGACACAAUCGAAUAUUGUCUUGUAAAUACCAAUCAAGGGGUACCUUUCGUUUCAUUAUUGGAACUAUGGCCUUUAGGUGAUUUUAAUGUUUAUCAACCGUCAUUAACUUUAUUGACUCUAGAUCUCAAGGGACGAAUCAACCUUGGCGGGUCUAAAUUUGACUUCAUCAGGUACACGGACGACAUAUUUGGUAGGUCUUGGUUGAACAGAAAAAUAUAUGAUAUGAAUCCAAAGAAGACAUCAUUAUCUAUUAAUUUGGAUACACUUGAUAACACUUACAAGCUUCCAAUCGAGGUUUUGAACUGUGCAGUUGAGGCGGUAAACCUGUCCAGUUCUUUGGAAUUCAUGUUUAAUCACAGCAAAGAUGAAGAGUAUUAUGUGUAUCUUCAUUUUUUUGACUUCUUGUCUAAUAGUAACCAGAAAAGGAUAAUGAAUAUUUCUAUCAAUGGUCCUGAUGGGGUCACAGAACCCCCUCUCACUCUUGAAUACCGGAAGCCAACCACCAUAGUUAUGAAUAUUGAAAAAGGAAACGGCAUUGAUAAUAUUUCAAUUGAAGCAACCUCUGAUUCUGAUUUACCUGCCAUGCUCAAUGCCUUUGAGAUUUUCAGGGUAAUACCUGAGACCUUUUUAGCCACGCAACAAGCCGAUGUUGAUGCCAUCUGGUAUAUCAGAGACAUUUACAAUAUCUCCAGAAUAGAUUGGCAAGGUGACCCAUGUGGACCAACAGGUUUUAGAUGGGAAGGUCUCACUUGCAGCGGUGAGAAUAAUCCAAGAAUAAUUUCACUAAACUUGAGCUCAAGCAAAUUGUCAGGCCGGAUAGAUGCUGCAUUCUCUAAACUCACAAAUUUAGAGAUUCUAGAUUUGUCAAACAAUGAACUGACCGGGGACCUGCCAGAAUUUUUAGCACAAUUACCGCGUUUGAAAAUCCUUAAUUUGUCACGGAAUAAUCUCACAGGUCUCAUUCCCGAGUCUCUAAAGGAGAAGUCACAUACUUCUUUGAAAUUGAGUUUGGAUGGAAACCUUGGUCUUUGUCAGACAGGCUCAUGCAAAAGCAAUAAAAAAAAAUGGAAUGUUAAACUGAUUGUAUCAAUAGCAGCAACAGUUGCAGUCCUCAUAAUAGUUUCCGUUGUUGUGUUGAUCUUCAGAACUAGAGGUCCAGGCCCGGCUAUGUUUCCAAAGUCAAAUAUGGAUGAGCAGCUAAACACGAAAUGUCGUGCAUUUUCUUAUUCGGAGGUUGUUAGUAUGACUGAUGAUUUCAGACAAAUGAUUGGAAAAGGUGGAUUUGGGAAGGUUUAUCUAGGUUUAAUACCUGAUGGUGAAAAUGUUGCCGUGAAGACACUCUCUUUAUCAGAAUUGCAAGGGCAUAAGGAGUUUAUAUCAGAGGUAAAUUUAUUGAUGCCUGCUCAUCAUAGAAAUGUCGUUUCUCUUGUUGGUUAUUGUGCGGAUGGUGGAAUUAGAGCACUUAUUUUUGAAUAUCUACCAGGCGGGAACCUUCAGCAACGGUUAUCAGAUAAAAACCCAAAUGUUUUGGAAUGGAAUGAGAGACUUCAAAUUGCAUUUGAUGUAGCAAAUGGUUUAGAGUAUCUGCAUAAUGGAUGCAAGCCAGCUAUAAUCCACAGAGAUUUGAAACCUCCUAACAUCUUGCUAGAUGAAAACACGCGUGCAAAGAUUUCAGACUUCGGAUUGUCUAGAGCUUUCGCAAAUGACAGUGACACUCAUAUCCUAACUAAUUGCUUUGCUGGUUCACAUGGUUACAUUGAUCCUGAAUUUCAGAACACAGGAAUUCUCAAUAAAAAGAGUGAUGUCUAUAGUUUGGGAGUAGUUUUGCUGGAGCUAGUUACAGGUCAACCAGCGUUAAUUGGAACACCAAACAAUUAUAUUCACAUACUACCAUGGGUUAAUCGAAAACUUGAAAUAGGAGAUGUUCAAGGAAUAGUUGAUCCAAGGUUACAAGGUGAAUACAAUAGAGAUUCGGCUUGGAAACUCAUUGAGACAGCCAUGUCUUGCCUUUCCCAGUUUGCAACACAGAGGCCUGACAUAAAAGAGAUUGUCUCAGAGCUAAAGGAUUGUUUGUCUCUAGUAAUGCCUAUUGAAAGGAGUGCAAGCCAAAGGAGAAGUUUAUCAGUCAAGGGCUCUAUGCAGAUUGAAAUCAAUGAAUCAGAUAUAUGUGGUCCAAAUCCUAGGUAGGGUUGUUUGUGAUGCAGCUCAUAUUCUCUAGUUUGCAAUGAUAUACUCAAUCUUCUAUGUAUUGCAUAUUGUUGUUUUGCUCUUUCUACUUCUUUUUUGAUUUGUUCUUUAUGGAUCUUUUAAUUUCUUAAUAGAAAUCAUUACUUGGUUUUAAUUUCA